GCAAGUCCAUCAAUCCAUCCAUUUUCUACCGCUUGUCCUGUUCGGGGUCGCGGGGGGUGCUGGAUCCUAUCUCAGCUGCAACUUAUAUUUAAUUUUAAUCUAAUUUUCUUCCUACGGCGCCAGAUCUCAUAAACAGGGCUGUGACGAGAACCGAUAUCAGUUCAUAUUGCCCAUUAAUUUUCAACGCAGGAAGUGAUCAGUGGGAGAAACAUGCCAACAGCCAACCAGGUCCGACGUCAAUGGUCCAGGCUCCGGAUGGCGCAGGUGGCUCAGGUGGCGUCGGAGGCUAGAGAUAGCAGACGAGGGAGAAGAUGGCAGCGACAAAGACGACAAAGACAACUGCAGCCAGGACAGUGCAUCCCAGACAGGCUGGAGAGGCUGGGUGGUGGACCCGGCCGAGCACUUUUACUACGUCUGGCUGCAGCUGAUGGUUUUUCCUGUCAUCUACAACUGGGUGAUCAUCAUUUUGAGGACUUGCUUCACGUCCAUUGCCCUCAACUACCUGCCCGUGUGGCUCACACUUGACUAUGUGUCUGACCUGCUGUACGCCACAGACAUGAUUAUCGCUGUCCGCACGGGGUACCUGCACCAGGGCAUCCUGAUCAGAGACCUAAAUCAGCUCAAGAAGCGCUACCUUCACUCUAAAUGUUUUGUAAGGGAUCUGUUGUCCCUACUGCCCACCGACUUGUUCUACUUGGUCUUUGGCAUCGAAACGCCCAUGGUGAGGAUAAACCGUCUCCUUCGGACGCCACGACUCAACGAGGCACUCGACCGCAUGGAGACAAGGACCUCUUAUCCCAACACCUUCCGCAUCUCCAAGCUCAUGAUCUACAUCUUUGUCCUGAUCCACUGGAAUGCCUGUCUCUACUUUGCACUGUCAAACUACAUUGGCUUCGGAAGCGACGGCUGGGUCUACCCCAACAUCACCAAUCCGGUGUUCGCCUCCACGCGCCGACAGUAUUUCUACUGUUUCUGGUUCUCAGCCCAGAUAUUCACUACAGUCGGAGACACUCCGCUGCCAAGUCGAGAAGAGGCGUUCUUGUUCAUGAUUGCCGACCUUCUCAUCGCCGUGUUGGUGUUUGCCUCAAUAGUUGGCAACGUCGGGAGCGUUAUCACUAGCCUGAGAGACCGUGACAACGUGUUUUUCCCCAAUCACGAGCUGGUGAAAGCCUAUUUGCGCAGCCAUCACAUCAGCAAGGAGCUGAGGCAGCGUAUCGACAACUGGUACCAGCACCUGCACAUCAACAAGAAGAUCAUGCGUGAGAAUGAAAUCCUGCAGCAGCUGCCCAUCCACCUGAGGACCGAGAUCGCUGUGAGCGUUCACCUGCCCACUCUCUCCAAAGUCACUAUCUUCCAAAGCUGCGAGAAGAGCCUGCUGGAGGAGCUGGUGCUAAAGCUAACACCCCAGGUGUUCAGUCCGGGAGAGUACGUGUGCAGAAAGGGAGACGUGGGUCACGAAAUGUACAUCAUUAAAGAAGGGAAACUGGCAGUAGUCGCAGACGACGGCGUCACGGAGUUUGCUGUGCUGAGUGGAGGGAACUUCUUUGGAGAAAUUAGCAUUCUCAAAAUUAGAGGCAACAAGUUGGGCAAUCGCCGCACUGCCAACAUCCGAAGUAUCGGUUACUCUGACCUGUUCAGCUUGUCCAAAGAGGACCUGACGGAUGUGAUUUCUGAAUACCCGGUGGCCAAGCGCCACCUGGAGGAGAAGGGCCGACAGAUUCUCACCAAAAUGGGCAUGCUAGAUGUCGGUGGGGGGAAAGCGAUAGACGCUGCAGAGAAAAUGGAGGUGAAGAUCAGCUGCCUGGAGAGUAUUAUGGAGGACCUGCAAACCAAACUGGCUCGCCUCAUGGCGGAGGCUGAGUCGAGCAACCGCAAGAUGGAGGCCCGCGUAAUGCAGUUGGAGUGGGAGGUGGCAGCUCGCUACAGCCUAACGGUGCAUGGAGAGGACGACCACGAUGAAGAGGGACAAUGGCGAGGACGGGGGGUCGGCGAGGAGGUCGUGUGUGAGCGAGAGGAGGCUGAGGGGGAGGAGGAGGAGGCAGAGUUCUGCAAACGAGGUCAAGAUGUGGACAGUAGGGAGGUUGCCGAGGACGGGGACGGGGAAAGUGCCAAGGACGAAGCACAAAGGUUGCUGCAGGGAAAUGAGGGCAAAUGAGCGGAAAGUUGGUGGAUAAUAAUAAAAACAUCAGUCCAAAACCUUAA